UGCGUCAAAGUGCGUCUUCGACAAUCUACAAGUCCCGACACCCGAUCUUCAAGACGUCUUUUCCCCGGCACCCCGGUCCAACGACGAGCUGCUAAUUGGCAAUUGAGAUCAAACAAUGGCAUUCUGACUCCACAAAUGGUCUGGGACAGGCUGUACGCCAUGGAUUAUCCCGAGGAUGUUGCUCGGAAUAGCCAGGUGCUAAUGCGGUUCUUCCCGAUCAUGGAUCCCGACCCCGUCACCCCGUCUAGUAAAGCCGGGGUAAGACAAGUGUAA